CUUUGUUUCAGAGGUCGGUUUCAACACGGACGUAUUUUGAAUCCGCAACAAUGAUGGCGACUUCCCAUAGUCGACCAUGCCUCCAGUAUCUGUUACAUCUUGCCCAAGAUAAUCUGGACUUCAGGUUACCGGAGAUUAAGUCUCUGCUGGCUCUCAGAGGAAAACCGUUCCAUCCUGGUGAAAACUUCAAAGAAAAGUCUCCUUUCUGGUGUCUGGAUGGUUUGUCUGAGGAGGAUGCCCGCGGCAUCAUGGCCAGAUCUGUUUGUGCAAAGUCUGCCUUUGAAUUAUGGGGCCAUGGACAGACACACUGUGAACUCAGAACAUCCCUCUUGAACUACCCAUCAGAGAACAUGUCACCAUUCAUGCACAAAGACUCCACAUACCGAAUCAACGUCUACACUUUCAACAAGACUUUGGAGUUUGCAGACAGAAUUAAAAAGAUUGAUGCUUUGGAUUAUCUUCCAUUUGAGGGCACAGUGAGUCUGAAAAGCCCACAGCACAUCUUCUGCUUAUUGGAAGAUUACGGCACAGACCCCAACAACAUCCCUGAGCAUCCAAACUACAUCUACUUUGGCCGAUGGAUAGCGGACGGUCAGCGUGAACUGAUUCGCUCCCACAGUGUGAAGAACAGACACUUCAUUGGAAACACCAGUAUGGAUGCUGGCCUCUCAUUCAUCAUGGCCAACCACGCUAAGGUCAAAGAGAAUGACCUCGUUUUUGACCCAUUUGUUGGCACGGGGAGCCUGCUGGUAGCAUGUUCUCAUUUUGGAGCCUAUGUCUGUGGAACAGAUAUUGAUUACAACACUAUUCAUGGCAAAGGUCGGUCCAGCCGUAAAAACCAGAAGUGGCGAGGACCUGAUGAGAAUAUCAGAGCCAACCUGCGGCAAUAUGGAAUAGAGAAGAUGUAUUUGGAUGUGAUGGUGUCUGAUGCAUCCAAGACUGUGUGGAGGGAGGCUGCUCUGUUUGAUGCCAUCAUUACUGACCCUCCAUAUGGUAUCCGUGAGUCCACAAGGCGAACAGGCUCCCACAAAGACAUCACUAAACCCCCUGACGGCAUCUAUGUAGAGUCUCACGUCCCUGUCUCACUGGCAUACCACCUUAGUGACAUCUUCACCGAUUUGUUAAACUUCUCUGCCCACCAUCUGGUCAUGGGCGGGAGGCUCGUCUAUUGGCUGCCUGUCUACAGGCCAGAAUACUGUGAGGAGAUGGUUCCUCUUAAUCCAUGCCUCCAGCUCGUCAGUAACUGUGAGCAGACACUCUCCAGCCACACUUCACGACGCCUGAUCACCAUGGAGAAGAUCAAGGAACCAGAGGAGGAGUUAGACAGCCUGGCCAAUCUUGCAGAUCCACGCUUCAGACCCUACCAGGGACACAAUGCCUUCAGAGAGAAGUAUUUCAGUGGAUUUAACAAGAGGUGUGGCAAGGGGGACAACAAAUCUGAUUUUAAUUCAGAAUAAACAAAUUGAUUGCCUCAAGAUGAAGAUCAGAAGAAAACUCUUCAGAGUGUCUUUACUGAAAAGAGAAAACAACAAUGGUUGGCAGUGGACUCAAGAGGGAAACAAACUGUAUCCUAUUUGUCAUAAUUAUACUUAAAAAAAAAACUUUCUCACUAUUUUAAUUAUGAUUAUUUUUAUUCCUGUGCUUAGUUCUUUGCAAAUAA